GUGAAAACUCUCAUGAAUAGAAUUACACUGACAAUUUUUUCAAAAAAACAUCAGCGAAAUUCCAAUAGAUUCGCAUUUGCAGAUCAUCAUCAUCACACGAAAUCAUCUGCUGCAAAAUUUGCCAAUUCACCGGGACACCCCCACAGCCUGGUCGGUUCUUGCUUCCUCUCUUCUGAUACACGGACGAAAAAACACCACCUCUGCUAUUUGGGCUUCGUCCAUCGAUCGACCGAGCGAGAGCGAGAGGGAGAGAGACAGAGACAGAGGACAUGUCCGCCGGCAUCGCUCGGGGUCGCUUGUCGGAGGAGCGGAAAGCCUGGCGGUUUCGUGGCAAGACCGGAGACUGCUCCAGAUGGAUCCGUGAACCUGAUGGUUUGGCAUUGCACUAUACCCGGCAAAGCUGGCACUGACUGGGAAGGUGGCAAUUAUCCACUUACACUAUACUUUACGGAGGAUUACCCUAGCAAGGCUCCAAAGUGCAUGUUCCCUAAGGAUUUUUUCCACCUCAAUGUCUAUGGUUCAGGCAUGGUCUGUCUGUCAAUCCUCAAUGAAGAUGGGUGGAGACCCUCUAUCACGGUGAGGCAAAUCUUAGUGGGCAUUCAGGAUUUGCUUGACCAGCCCAACCCCGCUAGUGCAGCAAAAUAUGACGAUUACCAACUUUUUGUAAAGGAUCCAGCUGAGUACCAGAGAAAGGCGAGGCAACAAGCCAAGCAAUAUCCGCGUCUUGUAUAGUGUUGAGCUUUAUGAUCGGCAGACUUCUGUGCUCUGUGCAAGAUGGGUACGAAAGUUAAACUGAGAUGAUCGCAAAACAAGGCCGAAGUGCUGCUCUUUAGUUUAUUUCCAGUCUCCGCUUUGAAGUUGUUGGAGUGCUUCAAUUCGUUGACAGAUUACCAGAGGCUUCCGAGUUGAGGAUAAUGGUUAUUCUCUGCUGAAAGAGGUAUCUAUGUCGGCCUCAUAGGCGAUGUGUAUGGAAUAUUGGCUCAUUCGUUUUUGCUUUUAGAAACUCGUGAUA